AUGCCUUCUUCAUUAGAUCAACUCAAAGCUUCUGGCACCACUGUUGUCUCUGACUCUGGUGACUUUGCUUCCAUUGCCAAAUACCAACCACAAGAUGCCACCACCAACCCAUCGUUGAUCCUCGCUGCCUCCAAAAAGGCCGAAUACGCCAAGCUCAUCGAUACCGCAGUCGCAUACGGAAAGGGGGUCGACGGUGACCUCGAAAAGAAGACUGAUGCCACUCUUGAUCGUCUCCUCGUCGAGUUCGGUAAGGAAAUCUUGAAGGUCGUUCCAGGAAAGGUUUCAACCGAGGUUGAUGCUCGUUUCUCUUUCGACACCAAGGCCACCAUCAACAAGGCCCUCAGAAUUAUCGACCUUUACAAGGAGCAAGGUAUCGAUAAGUCCCGCAUCUUAAUUAAGAUUGCUUCCACCUGGGAAGGUAUCCAAGCCGCCCGUGUCCUCCAACGCGACCACGGAAUCAACUGCAACCUUACUCUUCUCUUCUCCAAAUCCCAAGCUGUUGCUUGUGCCGAAGCUGGUGCUUUCCUCAUCUCUCCCUUCGUCGGCCGUAUCCUCGAUUGGUACAAGGCCUCCACCGGAAAGACCUACUCCGCCCAAGAAGACCCAGGUGUUGAGUCCGUUAAGGCUAUCUUCGACUACUACAAGAAGUACGGAUACAAGACCAUUGUUAUGGGAGCUUCUUUCCGUAACAUUGGUGAAAUCACUGAGCUUGCUGGAUGUGAUUACCUCACCAUCUCACCAAACUUGUUGGAGGAGUUGAUGAACUCCGAAGAGGCCGUCCCUAAGAAGUUGGUCGCUGAGAACGCUAGCAGUUUGGAUAUCGAGAAAUUGACCUACAUUGAUGAUGAGGCCGAGUUCAGAUUUGCAUUCAACGAGGAUGCUAUGGCUGUUGAGAAGUUGAGAGAGGGUAUCAGCAAGUUUGCUGCAGAUGCCGUUACCUUGAAGGAUAUCUUGAAGGCUAAGUUGCAAUAA